GGCGGCGGCUCGCGCCUCGUGCCUCCUGCGAGUCAGGGAGCGCAUGCGCACGAGCUCGUGCAUCUGUGCGCGCGUGCGCUGUUUUGGUGCCUGAGGUAAAUAGUACCCGCUCCUCUGCAGGGGGCGGAAAGAGCCAUGGAGCGGGAUGAACGCGAGUUGGAACCCCCUGCCCUCCAGAAAGCCUCAUCCUUUGAGCAGAAUGAGGAGGAGGAAGAGGAUGAUGACUUGGAUCUUUUUGGGGGUUAUGACAGUUGUCGGCGUUACAGCACCAGCGCAGACAGUGCCAGUACAUCCUAUCUGGAAGACUCUAGUGAAAAUGAAGCAGGGGAUAGAGAAGCUGGGGAAAUACCUGUGUCCCCCUCAAAAUCCCAAACACCUGUUCCCCGGGUGUCAGAUGAUAAUGGAUCUGAACCAGCUAUCUGUGAGAUGUGUGGUAUUGUGGGCACAAAAGAUGCCUUUUUCUCCAAGACCAAACGUUUCUGCAGUGUCUCCUGCUCCAGAAGUUACUCUUCAAAUUCCAAGAAGGCCAGUAUCCUGGCAAGGCUGCAGGGAAAGCCACCCACAAAAAAAGCCAAAGUAUUACACAAAGCAUCCUGGUCUGCUAAAAUUGGGGCAUUUCUCCAUACACAGGGGACAGGACAGUUGGCAGAUGGAACACUCACUGGUCAGGAUGAUCUCACCUGGAAUACUAUGUCCACAACUCAAGAAGGAUAUUGCCAAGCUAGAACGGAUCCAGAGAGAGCUGUCAUUUCAGGCUUUGACUGGGGAACAUACCUGCAGGACCAUGGAUACAAGGCUGCACCUGUUAGCUGUUUCAAGCAUGUGCCUCUUUAUGAUCAGUGGGAGGAUGUGAUAAAAGGGAUGAAGGUAGAAGUGUUGAACUCUGAUGCUGUCCUUCCCAGUCGUGUGUAUUGGAUUGCUUCUGUGAUUAAGAUUGCAGGAUACAAGGCAUUGCUGCGUUAUGAAGGAUUUGAGAAUGAUUCCAGCCAUGAUUUCUGGGUCAACCUGGGCACUGUGGACGUGCACCCUAUAGGCUGGUGUGCCAUUAAUAGUAAAAUCUUGGUCCCCCCACAGACAAUACAUUCCAAGUUCACAAACUGGAGGGAGUACCUCAUGAAAAGGCUUGUGGGAUCCAGAACCAUCCCAGUGGACUUCCAUAUAAAGAUGACUGAGAACAUGAAGUAUCCUUUUCGUCAAGGCAUGAGAGUGGAAGUAGUAGACAAGGCUCUUGUUUCCCAAACACGUGUGGCUGUAGUGGACAGUGUGAUUGGUGGCCGUUUGAGACUCCUUUAUGAGGAUGGAGACAGUGAUGAUGAUUUCUGGUGCCACAUGUGGACUCCCUUAAUUCAUCCUGUGGGCUGGUCCAAAAGAGUUGGUCAUUGCAUAAAGAAAACAGAAAAGGGUAGUGAGAUGGCAAACCACCCUACCUUCCGGAAGGUUUACUGUGAUGCUGUCCCAUAUCUCUUUAGAAAGGUGCGUUCUGUUUACCCAGAGGGUAGUUGGUUUGAAGUGGGCAUGAAACUGGAAGCCAUUGACCCUUUGAAUCUGGGCAACAUCUGUGUAGCUACUAUUCACAAGAUUCUUUUAGAUGGUUACCUCAUGAUUGGUAUUGAUGGUGUGGCUUCAAGAGAUGGUUCAGAUUGGUUUUGCUACCAUGCUUCCUUGCAUUCCAUUUUCCCUGCUGGCUUCUGCAUGAAGAACAAUAUUGAGCUGACCUUCCCAAAAGGUUAUGAUGCCAACACUUUUGACUGGGAAAGUUAUCUACAAGAUACCAGUUCAGAAGCUGCACCAGCACGUCUGUUUAACAUGGAUUGCCCAAGUCAUGGCUUCAAGGUGGGCUUCAAAUUGGAAGCUGUAGACUUGAUGGAGCCCAGACUGAUUUGUGUGGCUACAGUGAAGCGCGUGGUCCAUCGGCUCCUCAGAAUCCAUUUUGAUGGAUGGGACAGUGAAUACGACCAGUGGGUUGAUUGUGAGUCCCCUGAUAUCUAUCCUGUGGGUUGGUGUGAACUGAUAGGCUUCCAGCUGCAGCCACCAGUGGCUCCAGUAGAGCCCAUGUCCCCUGUGCCAGCCAAAGAGGUCCCAAAGAGAAGACGAAAGCCAUUUGGAAAGAAACGGAAAAAGGUGACUCCUAAAGCCCGUCCCGUCAAGCAAACAACCAAUAAAAUUGCUGCCCCAAAAGCAAAAGAGGAAAUGAAAGCUGUCUCAAAAAUAGAGCUUUCAAAAUCAAAGGAGGAAGCACAACCUACGAACAAGACUUCAUCAAAACCAGCUUCUGGUGAAACUGUUAAUAAACAGGUGAAAGAAGAAACCCUUUGUGCCCCAAUAUCAGAUUUUGAAACCUCAUGGUUCCCUGUACCAGUCAGCAUGGCAGCAAAAGCUCCAGCAAGACCUAUGCUUCUCAGCUAUUUAAAGGAUGAAGAUGUGGAUUAAAAUAUCAGGCAGCAAAAAGACUCCAGAGUCCUCUGUGGAAGUACUUGGAAAAGCACUGAAGGAAUCACUGGCCUCUUUUGAGAGCUUAAACAAGAACUUGGGGGUAAAACAGAUUUUUUUAAAGCUACAACUCCCAGAAUCCGUUGUGAUGCAUGGCCAGUUGUCCAAAACAGUUUUAGAACUGUUUAAAGUUCUUUUGUAGAAUAUGAUUCCGCAUCAUAAAGUUCUCAGAACACAUCAAAAACUGCCUUUCUCAGAGGCAUUGCAAGGAACCUAGCAAGAAGCUUUGUGCUCAUCGAGUGGAGAGGCAGUCUUCUCAGGAAGUUUAGACUUGCAUUGAUGGAAUCCAUGUGUGCUCCAAAGAACUACAGGUUUACAGUCUUAAAAGUGUUGUUGGAGGUGGUUGCUACAAGUCAUAUAUCUGAUCUCUCUCAAAUUGUCUUUAUUUCCCCCCUUUUUGUUGCACACUUUCUUCUUCUCAUUCUGCUUUGCCCAGAUGGUUAAAAAUGAAGAUAAUUAAAUAGUGUAUGAGCUGCUGCCACCAAUACCAUGCACACAUAUUGUAACAUCUUUCCUUCCCUUUCCCUUUUCUUUUUUUCUUUUCUUUUCUUUUCCUUAAGAGGGAAAUAUGAAUGUAUAAAUGUUUAUACAGUGAUAAAUGCAUCUAUAUCCUUGAAGUCCUGACUCCUAUAAAGUUACUUUAGAUCAUGUCUUUAAAAAGUUGAAAAGCUAGUGGCUAGAGUAGAGGACUAUUGUUUUUCCAUUUACUCUUCUUUUACUAUGAACUGAGUUAAAUAGUAUUAGAAAAGGAAGGAAGAGAGAAAAAUUGUAAACUUUUCAAGAUGCACAAUGUAGUUUUUUGCCUCUUUUUUGUACAAACUCAGAUUUUAUUAAUAAAAUCUGUAAAUAAGGCUUGGUGUAGAAGAGAUUCUGUAUCUGAAAAAAAUAGAGUCUUUAGAAAAAAUGAAGAAAUAAAACUUUUGGGAUCAAGAUGGGUGCAAAGGUUAGGGUCCCUAGAAAAGUAAGUUGUAUGUCUAUAAGUUAUGAAGUAGUAUUUUCUGUCCUUUUGAUUGGCAAAUUAUUAUUGGUUUUACCUUUUGACUACUUUGGCUCUUCCUGGUGCUAGAAUGAUGUAAUCAAAAAGAUAAUUGUUUUUACCUUGGAAUAUGAUGGUCUGUAUACACAGCACUGUGGCUUAGAACCUGUCAGCACUGUGUUCCUUCAUAAUACAGGGUGUUUGAAAAAGAACUCCCUAGUUUUAAUGUAUUUAUACUUAAAACUAAGGAGUUCUUUUUCAAACACCCUGCAUAUGCUUCAGAGCAGGUUUGUUUGUUUUUUUUAGAUUAAAGCAGCAGUGUCAUAUGGAUGACUAAGCACUCUGUGUUUUAAGAAGACUUUGAGGACUAAGAGCGAAAAGGAUGUCUGAGUAUGUGUUGUGAAUGAGUCUUCUGAGGCUGUGAGUGAUAAUGGAGGGAUCAGGAGAGGAAGGAAGAACCCUCGCGAGGAGGGCUCGCUGGAAGAUUUAUACAGGAAGAGAAUCAGGGAGAUUGAUGAGGAGUCUUCUGAGGAAGAUUCAUGUGGGGACUUGGGAGGGGAUCUUGAGCUGGAAAUGGAUUCUGAGGAACCAGUGGUGACGGAGGAAGUUGGCAUAGAUUGGGCACGGGCUCCGGAGGAUCUUGGGGAGGAAUCUGGGUCCAUGGAUGCUGUAAAUGCUGGAGAGACUUGGGUAUCUUCAGAAGCAGAUCCUACAUGGUCUGCCUGGAGGAAUGAGGGUAGUUCCACAGGUGUGGAUAGAGUUGGGUGUGGGCAGGAUGAUCUUGACUCUGAUGAGGAGUUUGGGACGCCUGAUCCAAGGGCGUUGGCUGUUUGAAUCUCAGAUUCUGAUGAGAAGUUUGGGACACCUGAUCCAAGGGCGCUAGAGGUUUGGACGCCCAAGGAAACCUAAAUAAAUUGGGGAUGUUGGGUCACUAUGCUUUGCGUGUGGCAAGGGGUUGCUGGGCGCCAUUGGGUUUCCUGUAUGUGAUUCUGAAGACUGGCUUGAGACUUAUGUAAGUUUGAUCUGGGUUAUUCUGCAACGGAGGGCUGGAAUUGUGUGGGUUUCCCUGGGCUGCACUGUUAUUACUAUUUUGCAUUAGCUGCUGUUCGCCUCCGUUGUCUUGGCUCUUUGUGCCAUUCCAUGACAUGGACCUUCUUGUGACGACUUCACCCCUUGGACCUUGGACUGGAACUCAACUCAGGUUAUCUCUUCGCUCCCAAACUCGGCAUGGUGUCGUUCCUGUCUUUGUGGCUGUCUACUGUUGCUGACUACUGGCUUUGUUUCCGACCCUGACACAUUCUCCUUAUCCCGACUUCGAACCGGCUUGACUGCGUUACAGCGUUCUGCUCCUUUAAUUCCUGGCUCAGCAUUUGUCUCUGCAGCGGUUUGCCGCUAACUCUUCAGCGUCUUCCAGUUUCGCUUGUUUUUGCCGCUCACAGCAAAGAGCUUUUUAGCCCAGUUUGGGUUCUUGUUUCAGUUUGGAAUCGCUGUUGUACUUCUGGGUUUUGGGAAAGUUUUUGGGGCUUCAUAACUGUUUGCCUUUGUUUGUUUUGCCAUUUUAAGCCCAUUUUGAGCUUUUGGGCUGAGUUCAAGUAUUCUAUGUUAAAUCCGGAUUAUAUCUCUGGUUAAUCCGGAUUAUAUGCCAAUUAAUGCUUUUGGCAUUUUUCCUGCUUUGACUGCCUAAUAACACUGAAGAUUAAGUGUUUCAAGUCUCUGUUAAUUUACUGAACUAUUUUUGGACUAUUACUUUAAUAAACUGUAUUUUGGCUCUCA